AACCUUCCAGUCAUGGAAGAGUCCGUCUCGGAUAGCGAAGUGGACUUUUUCAAUACGAAAUCCGAGUAUAAGGCUAAUCUGCCGAAGAGAGGUACGAAACGUUGGGCCUACGCUGUUAGGCGAGCGUCGAUUGGUUGGUCACCUCUGCAUAGCCCAGGCACAGAUAGUACGAGUGAUCACAGUGGAGAGACUGCCAUCCAACCAGAACGGGUGGUAGAGCUUUUACGUUCUCCUUCAGUUCAAACAUACACAACACUCAAACGGAAGCUUCUAAAAGCUAAGUCGAAUCCGGAAUGGAUUCUUCGAUUUCUGCAUAGCGAUGGAUUGGAAUUAUUGUUCGAAAGUUUGGAACAAAUUUCUAGACAAAAGCCAAGUAGUUUUCUGGAUGCCGUGCUUCAAGUUGGUUGUGUUGAGUGCGUGAAAACCGUUAUGGAUAGCUCCCUUGGUUUGGAUUACAUUGUGGAAAAUAAGGAUUUUACACCUAAAUUCGCAGCAGCUUUGGACACUGACAAUGUGACGGUAAAGAAACAGGUAUUCGAACUCCUGUCCGCACUCUGUGUGUACUCCAAAGAUGGGUACACACGGGCGCUGGAGGCGCUGGACAAGUAUAAGGUAGCGAAAAAGCAGAAAUACCGUUUCUCUAUGCUCCUUGACGAACUGAAGUCGACAGAGAGUGUUGAGUAUAAGACGAUUCUUUUGGAGUUUAUCAACUGUAUCAUAAUAUACACCCAAAAGAUAGAGGACCGAAUACGCAUUCGAAAUGAAUUCUUUGGUCUAAAAUUGCAGGAAGUCAUCAAUCAGUUACGCCGACAAGAAGACCUUGACCCAAACGUCAACGUACAGUUGGAUGUUUUCGUAGAACACAAGGCUAAUGACGAUGAACAGCUUCCUGGCGCUAAGGGUGUGGACCUAAACUGCUCCCUCGAUGUCUUCCAUACAAUUUUUAAAACGGUGGACGAUACUCCACAGGAGAUCCACUUCCUCACGUGCUUACAACAUAUGCUAAAAAUAGACCCAAACGAUGCCAACUGUGACAUAAUUUGGCAGACCGUAGAAAAACUAGUAUGUAGAGCUACGCUUGUGGAAUCUGAGGCAGACGCACAAAAACUGUUGCGACAACGGGAACGGUCGACGGACGGCUUACAAUGUCCUAACUGUAAAGCACAUGAACGUGUGACGUCACCACGGCGAGGGAAUAGUUCUAGUUCUAUCGCUCUUCCUGGCUUGACAGACAGUAAUGAAUCCCCAAAAACUGUGCCUGCACCUCCCCCGCCUGCACCACCUCCACCACCUCCCCCGGUACCAGGAGGGGCACCACCACCGCCUCCCCCUCCACCACCUGGUAUAGGUGGUGCACCGCCACCCCCGCCUCCAAUGCCAGGGAUGCCUGCGGUCCCUGGUGCUCCCCCUCCCCCACCAUCUUUCAACAUGAAGGGGCCUAAUGCCCGCAACGGUGUCACCAUUAAACUACCUCAGCAAAACGUACCGAAACCUAAAACAAAAAUGCGUUCUCUACAGUGGCAGAAAAUACCAACAAACAAGGUGCUUUCGGGGAAACCAAAUAUCUGGUCGACAGCCGGACGUCGUUUUAAUGGAUAUGUUAGUAAUAUGGAUUUUGAAGCGAUCGAGGAACUUUUUAGCGUUCCCACGCCGCAAACGCCAGUUCCUUCAACCAACCAAAACGGUUCAUCAGGAACCUUGGAACGGAAGAAAAAGGAAUCAACAGAGAUCAAUCUACUUGAUGGCAAAAGAAGUUUGAAUGUGAACAUCUUCCUAAGGCAGUUUCGCAUGCCAAAUGAUCAGAUUGUCCAGCUAUUGCGAGACGGAGUCAGUGAGAGGUUUGAAUCAGAGCGUCUCAAAGGCUUGCUCAGGAUUUUGCCAGAUCCAGAUGAAAUUGAAAGACUUCAGAAUUUCGAUGGUGACAAAGAGAGACUCGGAAGUGCUGAAAAGUUCUUUUUGUGUCUCCUUGGGCUUCCACAGUAUAAACUAAGAAUAGAAGGAAUGCUGGUGAAGGAGGAAUUUAAGGCCAACAUGGAUUACAUUAAACCGCAUGUGGAAGCCGUGAUUGAAACCGCCAAUGAAAUAAAGUCAAACGAUGAUCUGCAAGAGCUGUUCUACUUGGUGCUAAUAGCAGGAAAUUACUUGAAUGGGGGAAACUAUGCUGGUGACGCCGCUGGUUUUAAGCUUUCUUCUCUUAUAAAACUGACAGAAACAAGAGCUAACAAACCUAGAAUGAAUCUUCUUCAUUUCGUCAUAAUGCAAGCCGAAGAUAAGAAUCCCGAACUCCUUGCCUUCCCGGAAAAAUUGAAGUAUCUUAAAGAUGCCACACAGGCACCACUAGAAAGCUUAGGAUCUGACAUUAGUAACCUUGCCGCGAGGGUAAAUGUCAUUUCUAAGGAACUUGAAACAGUGGGUGCUGAUUUCAAGGCACAAAUGGCGGGAUUUCUAGCGGACGCUGAAAAAGAUAUAAGAGAAUUACAAGCUGAUUUGAAAGAUAUGGAAAGUCUUCGUCUGGAAAUAGCUGAUUUCUUCUGUGAAGAUAGAAAUUCGUUCCGAUUAGACGAAUGCUUCAAAGUGCUUCACACGUUCAGUGAACGAUUCAAAAAAUCGAUAAUGGAAAAUGAACAACGAAAGAAACAAGAGAAAAAGGUGGAAGCCAAACGAAACCAGCAAAUGAAAGAGAACGUGAAGAAAGAAACAACAGCGGAAGACAUGAAGUCGCCGGAUGAGAUGGUCAUGGAGAGAGGCGAAGGCGACCAACAAGAGGGUUCCAUUGUAGAUAUGUUAUUAGCAGAUGUUCGACGAGGAUUCACCGGUCGUAGACUAGGGGACAAUAACUUCUCUGUGAAAAAAGUGCAGAAAAUCAACUUGAAUGGUACCAAUAACAACGGCCAUGAUGAUUCAGAGUCCAAAAAGAACAAGGACAAUUUCCAAAGGGGUGGAUACGGUCGAAGGAGUAUUCGAAAGAAGACUGUCAAUCCUGCCCCUGACGACAGUGCAGAUUCUGAAAGUACAUGCAGUAGUCUUGACGACGGAAAUGACAUCAAUUCCAAUAAAAUAAUGAAAGGAACGGAUGACAACCUUUUCGAUAUCCUCAUGACUGCUGAAACUAAACCCUCGGAAUCCAAAUUCGAGCGCUACGGCAGUUUACGUAGAAAAAGAAAUGAGCGCCAACAGAACAAAACUCUCGAUGUUUUUGGUGAUCGUGAACGAGCGCAGUCGCCAUCAGUCGACACAUUAAAGCAAGAGGAUAGUGUCCCGCGGAGAUCAAGAACACCAACGUCGGUUGGUAAUAUCAGACCAAAAUCCAAUGAAAUUGAGGAUGACACUCCUAAAAGACCCGUCCGACGGGUCCAAAGUAUGGUGGAAAAGUCAUCUGUAGAAAAGGCGAUUGCUGAUCACGAAUCUAAAGAGAUUAGUGAAAACUCUGUAGCCGAUAGAUUAAAACGGCGAUUAGCUGGUCGACGUGAUACUAAAUCACCAGACCCAACGUCCACUCGUCCCAUUACACCUGUGGGAGAUAAACCUUCAGCAACAGAUACUGACACAGCUGACGCAAAAGCAUCUCCUCGUUGGAGAAGUGGUAUUGAUACGACACCUCGAGGUCUUCAGACCAUCGAUGAAAAAGGAAGGUUAGAAAUACCUGAAACAAAAGUAUCGCCAGACACAAAUGACAGAACAGUUACGAAUUCCCUAGAGCAAAGUCGUGAUAGAAUGUACCGAAGAAUUAGUGAAAAAGACAUUGAUCCAUCUCAAAUAAAAGACAUUCUUGAAAAUGCUAAACAUAAAGAGGAAAAUAACAAUGGCGAGGAGCCCCAUGUCUCCAUUUCUUUAAAGAAAAAGAUUGGCCGACGCUGGAAAAGUGAUCUUGGGAAAACGGACAUUGACCAAGUUCUUAAACAAAUAGAGGAUAAUGAGAAACGAAAAGAGCCGAUUGAAAGUGAGCAAAUUGAACCCGAUAGUAAACCUAAUCAGUCAGGUGAAUCGGAAGCAUUAAAACAGCGUAGAACCAAGAGGAAACUCCGGUCUCAUCUGUCAAUGGAAGAUGUCCACACUGCAAUGCAAUCAUUCAAAGCUGAAGAAAAACCUCAAUCAGCUACAGAUGACAACAUAACUACCACUGUGACUGCAACUAUGCAUCCAGUUCCAAAAUCACCGGGUACUCCAAAAGGACGAUCGCGUUCUGGUAGUGAAAGCGACAGUAAGUCACCCGAUAAAGAUAACAAAUCACAGAAGGAUAAAGAUUCAAGCACGGUAAAGAAAGCGGCUAAACUUGCUGCAGCAAUGCGAUUUAGACUUAAACGUUUCGGUGACAAAGAUAAAGGUCAGUCUAAAAAUAGCAAUGGCAGAUGGAAAAGUGACGUGCAGCGUGACGAGGUUGAUCAGGCUUUAAAAGAGGCUAAGAGCGGUAUGAGUAGAUCUAAGUCGUACGAUGAAUCUGUUGCGAGAAAAGCAGCAACUGAAAAUGGAGAAUUUUCUCUUGCUGACGGAAAAGAGUCUGACUACAAUGAAUCUGAACGGAGAUCAUCACUGCGAGGAAGUGUUGGACGUCUAAGUUCUGGUGAUUCCCGGAGGAAUUGUCUUUAUAUUCACACUAGUGACAGUGACAGCGAAGUACCGCCAGACGGCACGUCGUCACCCAAACGAGCAUUAAGCUACAAAAGUGACAGUCCGAAGAGUUCUAGUCGGCUUUCGAUCAAGUCUACCAGUACUUCCACAGAGACAUUACGUUGUGAUACACCAUAUAGUGAUGCUGAAAGUUCUAGCACUGAUCAGUUAGCUUCCUCAAAACGCUCAUCUGUAAAUAGUGACUUAAACUCAUCAGAGCCAAUUGCUCCGCCUCGUCGACGGCCGGCUAGCAUGAUAGAAAGAAACGAAAUUGACAAUGUAGUUGCGAGCAAUUCUGAGUUGGAGGAUAGUGAUCAGUUACCACACACUCUUCUUUCAAGAUGGAAAGAGAGACGCAACACAUCGAGAAGACAGAGUCAUUACGACAAUGUGACUGACGAAGCACCGGGUUCUCCUCGAGCCAACCACGAGUCUCAUUCCGCACGAACUCACAACGGUUUGACAAUAAAUCAUAAGUCUGAAGGAAGUGGUGACUCUUUCCGUAACGAUAUUGGAUCAAGGUGUAGUUACGCCAGCAGCAGUGACAGCGCUCGUGAUGAAGGUUUCGAGACAAUGUCAGGCACAGUUUCUCAAAGAACAUCGAUGAGCAGCACGUUGGAAUCAGAAUUGAUGCCCAAUUUCGGUCGCAAACCAGAACCAUCUUCAAAGGUGUUAAUUAGCGAUAAAAUAAUUGAACCGGAUAGUCUGAUCCCACCGAAACAGGAAAUAACUGUGGCGCGUGCACAAAAACAAUCCGAAUUAGCAGCACGAAAACAGCGAACGGAAUCCUGGACUGAGGCUGUCGCUGCUACAAACCUGAAGGAUUCGUCCUUGGACUCCUCCAUUGAAUACUCAGCAACUUCUCCGGAUAGCGGUCACGGUACAUCAAAAGAAGAUGUUUGGAGUUCAAAUCUGGAUCUAGUUGCCUCACUGCGUGAAGGUUCACCAGCGAGCCCAAUAACAACAAACCCCAAAGGUGCACCGAUAGCGGUACCAGAAAAUUCUGAUAUUUCCGGAAAGCAAAAACGUGUUCCGAGUUAUAUGAAAAGCACUGCUUCAAGUGGAACAAAAUCUCAGAGAAUGGCAUCUUCAUCUGUAACAGAUAACAAACGGAGAAGUACCCCAGCAAGUCUCUCAACAAAGUCUGCCCAGAAGUCGUCAGUUAGAAAUUCGAGAACAAACCUGAACAAAUCUAAAACUACAGAAUCAAAUACAAGCAUCGUGUCUUCAGUAAGUGGUGUGUCUGACAUUCAAUCGCCAUCCACAUCCAAAUCCACGCCUACUAGGAAAUCGUCUAGUACAAGCACCCGUGCCAGUACACCAUUGUCUCGUUCAACGACACCUCAUCCACCCUCAUCCUCUUCUCGGUCAGCAACGCCGCAUUCUGCCUCACGACCUGUCACACCUCUCGACCGCCCGACGACGCCUUCUCAUACCCCCACCGGUUCUAAAGGAUUAUCAAGGACUCAAUCACUACGAGUCACAUCUACAACUCCUAAACCGAGUGUAGGAGUUUCGGCAGAGAAGAAGCGCUUAUCAUCGAUUGGAACAAAUUCAGAAAAAUCGAAAGAGAAAAGCACAACUUCACGUCGGUCAUUCAUGUCUCCAACAGCAUCGUCAGUCUCUAAAUUGCGUGAUGAAGGAGCUACAUCUCCCGUGCCUCCCACCCCGCCCCCGCGAACAACGUCAGCCGCUACCCCUUCAACCAGCAGAACCACAAAACCGGUAGAAGCGAAACCCAAGACCAGGGCCCCAGCACCCCCGUCAAAUUCAUCACUCGAUCCAUCUCCUUUGAAGCGACACAACAGCAUGCGCUUACCUGCAGCUAAGGCAGCUGCCGGUAGACUUACUCAUAAAGAGUAUCCUUUAAGUUCCAAAGAGGCUGCAGCCCAAACAUCGGACAAUAAAUCCAAAUCUUUUAUGGGUAGAUUAGGUGGAAACAAAGUGAAACCUGAUUCAACUGGCUUGACCCCAAAGAAACUAGCAACUGUCGAUGAACAGAGCAACGACGCUGGAGAAAAAUCAUCUUUCAUGAAAAGAAUAGUUAAUAAGGCAAAAGUAACCAGUCCCAAGAAACCUACAGACACAAAGAAAAUAGAUUCGACAAAGAAAACAUUGAAAAAAUGA